CCAAGCUCCCACAUGCCAUAGAUGGCUCUUCCUUGGAGAAGCUGACGUCUACGCCUCCCACAUACUUGAGCUGUUGCUGCUGUGGCUCCGACUCCGACUGUGAGGCUAAUCUCCACGGGAAAUCAUCCACCUUAUCGCUGGUACUUUGAGGGUUGACUGUUUCUUGAAUGGUUAUUUUGGCUACGAGCUUCGAUUCAGCUUAAGCAAUCCGGGAUCCCAGUAAUUGCAUGUCUAGGGUUUGCUAGCAGCUCGAAUUCGAAGAUCGUGUAGAGAUUGUGCCAUCAAAUGAGUGUCAAGAGUUUGGGCUAAGGAAAUCUGCUUAUCCUGGUUUUUAUCAUUUGGGGUUUCAUUCAUGAUUGGGAAAAUGGUCGAGGGUCCUAAAUUUACUGGACUUAUGGGAGGAACUGACAACAACGAUAACAAUUACUAUGAUUUUACUCAAGGGUUUUACCAAAAGCUUGGAGAGGGUACUAACAUGUCUAUUGACAGUUUACAGACAAGUAAUGCUGGUGGGUCUGUGUCCAUGUCUGUUGAAAACAGCAGCGUUGGUUCUAAUGAUUCUCUAACUCACAUUUUAAGCCAUCCUGGUCUGAAGCCUGUGAACCGCCACAAUUACUCUGUCUCUGUGGGGCAGAGCGUGAUUCGUCCUGGUAAAGUUGGCCACGCACUUAAUGAUGAUGCAUUAGCACAAGCAUUGAUGGAUAAUAGGUACCCAACUGAGGGAUUGCCAAAUUAUGAUGAGUGGACUAUUGAUUUAAGGAAACUUAACAUGGGUUCAGCUUUUGCUCAAGGAGCCUUUGGCAAGUUAUACAAAGGUACAUAUAAUGGUGAGGAUGUUGCGAUUAAGAUAUUAGAAAGGCCAGAGAAUAGCCCUGAGAAGGCACAAGUUAUGGAACAGCAGUUUCAGCAGGAAGUUAUGAUGCUUGCUACACUGAAGCAUCCAAAUAUUGUUCGAUUUAUUGGGGCUUGUCGCAAACCAAUGGUUUGGUGCAUUGUGACAGAGUAUGCAAAGGGUGGCUCAGUUCGACAGUUUCUAACAAGGAGGCAGAAUCGUGCUGUGCCUUUGAAAUUGGCAGUUAAGCAGGCAUUGGAUGUUGCAAGAGGGAUGGCCUAUGUGCAUGGACUUGGGUUUAUUCACAGGGAUUUGAAAUCGGAUAAUCUUCUAAUAGCUGCUGAUAGAUCAAUAAAGAUUGCAGAUUUUGGAGUUGCACGUAUUGAGGUGCAGACUGAGGGCAUGACUCCAGAGACUGGGACAUACCGUUGGAUGGCUCCGUAAGUCUUUUGGCCGUAUAUGUUACAGUUUCUUCCCCUGUUACGAUAUGACAUUUGCAUCUUUUUGUGAAAUAAAAUGAUGGAACUUUUCGUCUUUGUUAGAUGAUUCUCUCUAAUCUGCAUGAGCUCUAUGGAUUUUUUUUUUUAUUUUUCCAAGAAAACCCUUAAAGUUGGGCAUUCUUUUUGCGUUUAUUUUGCACUCCUUUGUUUAAUUAACUUUUAACGAUUUGCAGAUUAUCUAUGAUAUUCUUCUGUUGUGAAUUAUGUUAGAGAGUGAGUCUUUGGAGCUUGUAAUUAUAUAUAUUCUAUGAGUUUGCUGCUUGAAAUCAUCAACAAGAAUAGUUUCUUUUACAUCUUUAUUGGAAUUGUGACUUUGAUUAUGAAGUUCUUAACUUCAUUAUGCCGACUAGCAGCUUCCUUCUAAUAGCUGAUGCUUUUGUUUGAUAAUUUGAAGGUACUGUCUUCGAGAAUAUGAUUUUAUUUAAAUAGUUUGAGUUCUCUUUCUUUUUGGUUUGAAUAUUUAAUGUUUAAACAAUUUCAGGUUCUUGAAAAUUUGAAAUUGUUAUUGGUUAUUGUGAGGAAAGUUUGAGUAGAUUAUUGGGAAAGUACAUGUAUUACCUUAGAAGAUAGGAUUUCUGAAGUCUCUCUCUAACAUAGGUGUGAAUGUUUGGCAUCUAGAUGUGUUGCAGUUUAAAGUGAAUUAGGCUUCUUCUCAAGUAAAAUAAAGAAGAUGGAACAACGGUUAAGUGGAUACUUGAUGGAUAAUUACUUAUUAGGCAUUCAUUCAUUCAUUUCUUUAUGUCCUAAAUUAAUUUCUAAGAGUGAGCGUUCUUAUGAGAUUUUAAACAGUUCAGUAGCAAGACAGAGAUUAUGACUAGCUUGUUUUCAUCUGCUGCCACUAUUUGCAGUGCAUCUUGUUUCUCCAUAUUUUGGGAUUUUUGUUUCGUUCCAUGUAAGAUGGCUGAGAGAACAGGUCUUCUACCUUUAGAUCUCAGCGCAAUUUGGAAGUAUUGAAAGAUUUUCCUUAGAAUCUAAAUCUAGUAUUCUUCCACCCGUUAUGCAUGUACUUUCUGUUUGAUGUAUUUAAAGUGAUCCUUUGUUUUAUAUCAGUUUAUACCUCACUGUCUCAUUGUUGUGUGCUAUUGUGCACUGCCAUUAGUUUGUUUCUAAUUUAAUAAAUCAUGUAACUUUUAUUUGAGAGUUGUGAGCAAGGGUUCCCGUUGGCUCAAUGACUAAUUUUUGCAGCAGCACAGCAAUAGAGGAGUUGCAAAGGCUACCCUGGAGAUUAUUUGGAAUUUAUGCCUUAUGUUUGCAACAUUCUAUUGUACAGCACUGAGGUUGGACUGGCCAACAUUGCUUAUGAUUUGUCUCUUUGAAUGUAAAUGGUAGUAUUCUAAAGAGGCUAAUUGCCAAGCAUGGGAAUCUACCUUCACAUGGUUACUAGUUUUGUUGUGUCAUGUUGAAGCAAGGGAGUAGGACAAAUAAAGUGAAUCAAUGUACUUAAUAAUGGCCUAAUAAAGUUGAAACAAGGAAUGAUUUAAUGCCCUUAGUAAUGGCUUAUUCUGGAGUUUGCUCAAAUAGGGAGAUUGGGUGCAAGUAUGCUUUACCAAGAAAUGUCCUAGCUUUAAACUGAACGAGGUCUCUUACCUUAUAUUUGAAUGGAGCGUUUGACAGUUUCUACUGCAUUUCAAAAUGAGACAGCAAACUGUGAAUGUGCUCUGUUUGGUCAGCUAUCCACAAAUUGGAAUAUUAUCUGUGGGACAGCAACUGAUUUCUUCAAAAAUAUGCUGGAAACCAAGCUUGAAGCAUGACCAGAUACAUAUGUGAGUAGAUGAAGGAUAAAAAGGUGGCAACCACCCUAGUUGUUUACUGGGACAAAAUGUAAAUCACUAGAAGGAUAGAAGUGAGGAGGAGGAAAGGCAAGUGAAAAUAUAAAAUCAGGUCUUGUUGGUCUUGCUAGAAGUUGGAGAAGACAUCAAUGGCCAUGAAAUGAAGAGAGCGCUGACCAAAAAUAAGUUUUGCUGACAAAGCUUGAGUAUAUAAGAAUUUCUCUUGUGUUUCCUCUGAUUUAGUAUCUUGGUUUUUAGUUGAAGUAACGCCUUUCUAGACUUUGUUUUGAAGUAGGUAUUUGGAUCUCUAAGAUUCUGUGAUGUAAAGUUGAGAGUGUAUGCAUUAGUUGAUAUAACCAUAUCUGAUGAGGCAGAAUGCCAUGUCAGUUAUUUCUAUCAUAUAUAAACAUUAAUAGUUAACUAACGUUGCUGCUUGAGGAGCAGACGUGAUA